UUUGGACCAUGAGUCCCUCAUAUCUUUGUGUCGCGCCUCAAAGGCUCGAUUCAUUCACCACUCAUCUCUUCCACUAUUGGCGUUCUAGGACGCGGACAGGACCACGGUCAAUCCGAGAUAUCGCCUGCACGUCCACAAUGAAGUUCAAGGUUUUCCAUUUAUCGACCACCGGCUACCUCAUCAUCUUGAAUCUGUCAUGCAUUAUCGUCUCUGCAUCCAGCUUCGAAUCUUUGCUCCGCGGCCUUCACCCCAGCGUUCUUACCCGCAGUUUACCGGGCUCUCUUGCUUUUGUUCCAGGAGAAGCUAUUGGAAAUUACCAGCCUCCACCAGGGCCCAUCCAUUAUGGCCCUUUGCCGACGACUGACCCCGUUAGCUCGGAAGCGCCUGCGAUUGCUUCGGCAGCUGCGAAUGCAGAUGGUAACGACAUUGGAUACGGGUCAAGGCGGGCCAUGGCUGCGACCGAAAGCCCUGACGCUGCGGACGAGGUAACAAGUCGUAUCCCCUCUGUGACGGAGAUGGAUGCGAUGAUAGCAAAGGCUCAAGCGGCAUCGGCGAAUAAAGGCGUGGCGUGGCCAUCGAUGGGCUUGAUAGUGCCGAUACUCGUGCCUUUCCUACAGUUAUGACAGAAACACAGAAUAUUGCGCCGAAUACUCCGCAACGUCUCCCACCGGGAAAAGACGUGGCUAGAGAUGAGUUAGCAGGAUUUUUUGGUAUGACUGGACGUACCAAUUAUAUGUACAGUUACCCAUCGCCACUAGAUAUUAUGUACAUCGUUCACAUUAUUCAUGGUCAUUCAUCGUGGUCGAUUACGUUCAUACACCGCGAUCGAUAAAGCUUCA